UCAACCUCUCUCUCUCUCUUCAGUUCUUUAUCACCUCUUCUGCUGCUACUCAUUUAUGCCCUUUUCUUUUUAUAUUAAUCUCUCUCUCACGGUUUUUGUGAGCUGUGCUUUUGUGUUUGACAUCCAUAACCUGUUGGGAAAGAGGGAGAAUUCUUAUGACACACAGAAAAAGAGACCUUUUUGUCUUCUUGGUUUUUGGUGUUAUGUUUCCCCCUCUUAGGGUUUGCUCGAUCAAAGCUUGUCGCAUUCUUCAAGGGGUAUUGACUUGAACUCUUUGCCGACCACUGAGGUAAUGGAUUCAGAAGAUAAAGUUCUUGCUAAAGUUUUUGGCAUACAGAGUUUAUCUUCGAGUGCUCAAAGUACCCCGGAGAAAAAUGGACAAUCCGAUGCUGUCCCUAGAGGUCAGGAGCUCCUCCAACAAUAUCUCAAACCUGGUCUGAAGAAAGAAUCGCUUCGAACAUGCUUUGAUAAGGAAAAGAAACAUUCUGCCUCUUCAAAAUAUAAAAUGAGUGAACAUAUCAGGACCAGUACCAAAGGAUGUAAGAACCAGGAGUUGAGAAAAACUUCGUCCAAUCACUCUACAUUGACCAACCAGCAGGCUCCUACAUCUAGGAAGCAACCAAGGAAGGGGGAAAAUCCGGUUCGACUUCCGCCGGCUACAGAGCUGUCUCCAGAAUUUGGGUGUUCAAGCACUUGGGUUUGUAAAAAUUCUGCAUGUAGAGCUGUCCUAACCUCAGAAGACACAUUUUGCAAGAGGUGUUCCUGCUGCAUCUGUCAUCUGUUUGAUGACAAUAAGGACCCUAGUCUUUGGUUGGUCUGCACAUCUGAGUCUGGUGGGAUAGACUCCUGUGGGUCAUCUUGCCACAUAGAGUGUGCACUUCAACGGCAGAAGGUCGGGGUUGUCAAUCUUGGGCCAAUGAUGAAGUUAGAUGGGAGUUAUUGUUGUGCUUCUUGUGGCAAAGUCUCAGGGAUACUUGGAUAUUGGAAGAAGCAGUUGGUGAUAGCAAAAGACGCUCGGCGUGUAGAUGUUCUGUGCCAUAGGAUAUCCUUGAGUUACAGGCUCCUGGAUGGGACUUCCAGGUUUAAAGAACUGCAUGAAAUUGUUGAAGAAGCUAAGGCAAAGCUCGAAACAGAGGUCGGUUCAGUUAGUGGAGUUUCAGCCAAGAUGGGACGGGGCAUUGUUAGCAGGCUGUCUAUUGCUGGUGAUGUACAGAAACUAUGCUCUAUUGCAAUUGAGAAAGCAGAUGCGCAUUUGAGCGCCAUUGCUCGUGCCAACCCACUUCACAGAGAGGAUUCACUUCCACCUGCUUGUAGGUUCCAAUUUCAAGAAGUGACAUCCGAUUCUCUUAUAAUUGUCUUGAAAAAACCGUUUUCAGCAUCCUCCAAUGAUAUUAAAGGCUUCAAGCUUUGGUAUUGCAAGAGCAGAGGAGAGUCAUAUGCCGAAGAACCAAUUACUGUCUGUCCAAGCGCUCAGAUAAAAAUAUCAGGCUUGCAGCCCUGUGCAGAGUAUACAUUUCGGAUAAUCUCAUAUACAGAGUCAGGAGAUUUGGGUCACUCUGAGGCUAAGUGCUUUACCAAGAGUGUGGAGGUAAUCCACAAGAAUUCUACUCCAGCAGUAGGUAUGGAUCAUAAGAAUGAGAACUCCCAUGUUGAAGGAAGUUCUUCUAGUGCCAAGGGGGAGCCAAGGAUGACCUCCACAGGUGGAUCGUCCGGUUUCAAGGUCCGAGAUCUUGGAAAGGUCUUGCAUCUUGCUUGGGCACAAGAAGAUGGUUGCUUUGAUGGUUUUUGUAGUGCUGAUGUGGAAGAAUGUUGUGGCGGAGACUGUGUGGUAAAGGGUGUAGAUGUGGAAGAAGACCGACCUCGAAAUUUUACACGUGAUCUCGAUUUAAAUGUUGUCUCAGUGCCUGAUCUGAAUGCUGAGGUUACUCCACCAUUGGAGUCUUCAAGAGAUGAAGAUAUUGGAUGCACUUCAGAACGUGUUGUCGGGGCUGAGGAUGAUGUUGCUUCUCAUGGGAUGGAGAAGAACGGUGUAUCAAGAUCAGAUGGAAGUGGUGACUCCCAGACGUGGACUGUUAGGCCAAUAAGAGAAGUGCCUGCUGUAGAGUCACGGACGGAGUUGUGUAGAAAAUGGACAUCAAGCACGAAUGAAGAAACAUUUGACUGUGAUAGCAUUCUGAUUAAUGGACCACCAUUCCGAGCCAGUCAGUUUGAUGAGAACUUUGAAUACUGUGUGAAGAUCAUUCGAUGGCUGGAGUGUAAUGGUCACAUUGAACAUGAAUUUCGGAUGAAAUUCUUGACAUGGUUUAGCUUGAGAGCAACUCAUCAGGAACGUAAAGUGGUGUACACCUUUAUCCAGACGCUGAACGACGACCCGAGCAGCCUGGCGGGGCAGUUGAUUGACUCUUUUCUGGAUAUCAUAUCCAGCAAGAGACCCCGGAAUGGAUUUUGUAGUAAGCUGUGGCACUGAAUCACAAGUGCAAUUGGAGACUGCUUUUGGUAUUUAGUUUUACUUUGCUUCUUUUUUUUUUCACAUUUUACAAGCAAUUCAUGAUCAUCUUAGGAACCGAUUCUUUUCUGUUGGUGGACAAGAUUUUCAAUCUAAGAUCCUGCAGAAAUGGUUUUUGAUUCUUAUUCAAUGGGGGGCCAGUGAUAUUUUGUAGAAGUUGCUCUUUUUUUUGAAAAGCUUCUCUAUUGACAUUCUGAACCAGUUGAAUUGUUUCAAUGUGGAUGUUGGUUGUUUUAUUCAAUAGAUAGGUAAAUUGGAGACUGAUUUGAAGUUGCUUUUGAU